AUGAAUAAUGCUACGCUGCUCCAACGACGAAGAAAGUCGAUUAGAAUCUCAAAGGAAGAAACUCUUCUCAUGCUUCGGGCGUAUCGUACGCAUCCAACAAGAUGGAAUGACGUCAUUGAUGACAUCAAACAAAACCUUGACCGGCUUCCACAACAAGUUAGAGAAUUGUACAACUCUGCAACUAUCAAACAGCUAAAAGAUCGGUUGUCGGUAAAACUUGCAAAACUGAUGUCAACAAGAAAUAUUGAAGAUCAAGAUCUAAUAGGCGAGGUUGAGAGUAUUCGUGAAAAUGAAAGACGUCUGGUGCGUAAUGCACCUCGGGCCGGCGAGCCUAUGCAACAAAAUGGACGACAACAAAAUCAACAAGCCCCAGCAGCUGACCAAGAAAACAACGCAGAUCGCGGAGAUCGUGACCGUCAAGUAGAUGGCGACCAGGCUGCUCCGGCUGGGAGAGCAGAGCGUCGGGAUGCGGCUGCUGCAGCUUUCUCUGACAAUGAUUCUGAAGGCGAUGAGCAAGAACCCCCAAGGCGACGAUGUCGUCUUGCUGAGCUAGUAAGGGAAAAUCAUGAAAUGUACGAUAAGUUCAUGAAAAAAAAAUUACCAAAACUGAUGCGAGAAUUUGGCAUAUCUUCUAGCGAUUCAGGUUGACUCUUUUUCUUCUUAGGA